GUCUGACCUGGAGGCCCAGGUGGAGUCCCUGAGGGAGGAGCUGCUCUGCCUCAAGAAGAACCACGAGGAGGAAGUCAACACCCUGCGCUGCCAGAUCGGAGACCGCCUCAACGUGGAGGUGGACGCUGCCCCCACCGUGGACCUGAACCAAGUGCUGAACGAGACCAGGAGUCAGUACGAGGCCCUGGUGGAGACCAACCGCAGGGAAGUGGAGGAAUGGUUCACCAGGCAGGGCAACUGCAACUGGUUCUGCGAGGGCUCCUUCAAUGGCAGAGAGAAGGAGACCAUGCAGUUCCUGAACGACCGCCUGGCCAGCUACCUGGAGAGGGUGCGUCAGCUGGAGCGGGAGAAUGCGGAGCUGGAGAGCCUCAUCCGGGAGCGGUGCCAGGAGCAAGACCCCUUGGUGUGUGCCAACUACCAGUCCUACUUCCGGACCAUCGAAGAGCUCCAGCAGAAGAUCUUGUGCACCAAGUCUGAGAACGCCAGGCUGGUGGUGCAGAUUGAUAACGCCAAGCUGGCUGCGGACGACUUCAGGACCAAGUAUGAGACCGAGCUGUCCCUGCGGCAGCUGGUGGAGUCGGACAUCAACGGCCUGCGCAGGAUCCUGGAUGAGCUGACCCUGUGCAAGUCUGACCUGGAGGCCCAGGUGGAGUCCCUGAAGGAGGAGCUGCUCUGCCUCAAGAGCAACCAUGAGCAGGAAGUCAACACCCUGCGCUGCCAGAUUGGAGACCGCCUCAACGUGGAGGUGGACGCCGCCCCCACCGUGGACCUGAACCAGGUGCUGAACGAGACCAGGAGUCAGUACGAGGCCCUGAUCCGGGAGCGGUGCCAGGAGCAGGACCCCUUGGUGUGUGCCAACUACCAGUCCUACUUCCGGACCAUCGAGGAGCUCCAGCAGAAGAUCCUGUGCAGCAAGUCCGAGAACGCCAGGCUGGUGGUGCAGAUAGACAAUGCCAAGCUGGCCGCAGACGACUUCAGGACCAAGCAUCAGACGGAGCUGUCCCUGCGGCAGCUGGUGGAGUCGGACAUCAACAGCCUGCGCAGGAUCCUGGACGAGCUGACCCUGUGCAGGUCUGACCUGGAGGCCCAGGUGGAGUCCCUGAGGGAGGAGCUGCUGACCCUCAAGCAGAAUCAUGAGCAGGAAGUCAACACCCUGCGCUGCCAGAUCGGAGACCGCCUCAACGUGGAGGUGGACGCCGCCCCCACCGUGGACCUGAACCAGAUCCGGGAGCGGUGCCAGGAGCAGGACCCCUUGGUGUGUGCCAACUACCAGUCCUACUUCCGGACCAUCGAGGAGCUCCAGCAGAAGAUCCUGUGUAGCAAGUCUGAGAACGCCAGGCUGGUGGUGCAGAUUGACAACGCCAAGCUGGCCUCUGACGACUUCAGGACCAAGUACGAGACCGAGCUGUCCCUGCGGCAGCUGGUGGAGUCGGACAUCAACGGCCUGCGCAGGAUCCUGGACGAGCUGACCCUGUGCAGGUCCGACCUGGAGGCCCAGGUGGAGUCCCUGAAGGAGGAGCUGCUGUCCCUCAAGCAGAACCACGAGCAGGAAGUCAACACCCUGCGCUGCCAGAUCGGAGACCGCCUCAACGUGGAGGUGGACGCCGCCCCCACCGUGGACCUGAAC